UCAAGAUGGCUUGAAAAAUACGCCCCUUUGGAAAAAAGCACCCGAGCCAACCAGAGGCCGCCGCUGCUCCGCGCUGUCAACGCGCACCGAGCUCUGAUUGGUUGACAUACGAAAGCGAACUCAUCGAACUCGUUCUGGAGCUCAUCACACGAACAAGCGACGGCAAAAACAACGACACAUUAUAUUCCGCGCCUUUAUGGCCUCAUCCUCAGCUCCCUUAUCCCAAAAUGUACCUGUUACACACACCUGUCAUUUGUAGGGAAGAUUAGGACUUAAACCACCCCGCAUUUAAAUGUUAUAUAAUAUAGACAAGGCCUGGGAUAUGUGGACAAAAAUAUUAUUACCAUCAAACAUUUUUAAAGCCGUGGAUAUUGAUAACUACAAUAUUAGUCAGACUGUUUGUAUUAUUGCUAUUAUAGUGUACUUUGAACACAUGAUCUUAUUCAUCUGGUUGGAUUCAAGGUUCAAGAAUUAUUUAUUGUCAUUAUGCAUACACAUACCGGAAUUUCGUUUGGUAACUUUCAGCUUCGAAAAGACCUUGGGAAAGAGAAACAAUAUAAAUAGUGUAGUAUAAACUGCCUUGUACAUAAAUAGUGAAAAUGCUGUUUAUUACCAUAAAUCUACAUGUUUCACUUCAAUUUCUUAAAAUUUCGGAUAAGUCUGAUUAUAUUCUCUGUUCAUUUGUUAAUUGUGUUUUUGAAUACAUUCUAUCUUCCUAGAGCCCAAAGGAUUUAUUGAAAUCCUUUUCAGCUCAACAGUUCAAGGCACAGACAGAUUUUGUUUGCUUUUAUACUGUUUGUGAUAAUUAAAGCAGCAAAUUCUCACAUUUGAAGAGUCGAAAACAGUCGUGUUUUUGCUGUAACAUGGCAGAAGAUCAUACAUUGACAAGCAGAAUAGUUACAGAUUACCUUCCCCUUGGUUCAAUAACAUAUAGAUUUUAGUGAACUCAUUGCAGCUCUUGUCCACUACCAGUUUAUCUGAAGCCUGUACUUCUUACCUGUACCAGGAACGAGUGAAGACCCAUGUGAAAAAGUUGGAAGCUCUAUGUUCAUAAUUCAUGCUGCUUCUCCCCAACCCUUGAAAAUCCCAUAACUCUCUCCACCCACAAAUAAUUUGGUAGCUGCCUUUACACAUUUGAAAGCGAAGAACUUCAGAUCACGCUGCAUUACAGUCGCCACCAGUCACAUCUCGGACUCUCGGCAGGAUGCAAACCAGCAGAGACAAGAUGCUGUAUGGAUUCUUUAUAUUUUCUUUUGGGAUUUUCAUGGACGUGGGAUUAUGUACUGCAGUGCAAACAGAACUGAGAAUCACAACUAUAAAGCAAGACCCAUAUACAAUUUCCAAGGGCACAUACCUGGAGGGCUUCUGCAUGGACCUGCUGUCUGAAGUGGCCAAGAGAGUGGGCUUCAAGUACAGAGUGCACCUGGUGAAAGACAGUUCAUACGGCCGGCAGGAUGACACCGGGUACUGGAAUGGCAUGAUUGGAGAGGUAGUGAGAGGGGAGGCGGAUCUUGCCAUUGCGCCGCUAACUCUCACUGCAGCUCGGGAGAGAGUUGUGGGCAUGACCAAACCGUUCAUGCAAACGGGAAUCAGCAUCCUACUGAGGAAGGACGUCUCAGAGGAAUCCGGCGUCUUUGAUUUCCUGACCCCCUUUGCGGCACACACUUGGGUUGGCAUACUCAUCGCCUAUGUGGGGACCGCCGCGGCCAUCUUCAUAGUCGCCAGACUCAGCCCGUGUGAGUGGCGCCAGCCUCAAAGUGAGGAGAACAGAUUCAGCCUCCUCCACAGCCUGUGGUACACAGCUGGAGCUCUCACUCUGCAAGGUGUUGGUCCACACCCCAAAGCUCUGUCAGGGCGCGUCAUUAGCUGCAGCUUGUGGCUGUUCACUAUCGUCCUCCUGGCGUCUUACUUCUCCAACCUCAGCUCGUUGAAGAGCCCUGAAUCCUCUCAGCUGAUGGUAAAAGGGUUUGAAGACUUGGCCAAUCAGGAUACAACUGAGUAUGGCUGCCUCGCUGGCUCAUCCACCCUUGCCUUCUUUAAGAAUUCAAACAACCCAGUGCAUCGCAGAAUCUAUGAACACAUGGAGAGAAGUAAAAGUUUUGUGUCAUCUAUGGAUGAGGGUGUCCGGCGUGUGAAAGAGGGCAACUACGCCUUCAUCGGAGAGUCUGUCUCUCUGGAUUUGGCAGUAGCACGGUACUGUGACCUGGUUAGAGCUCAUGAAGUCAUUGGCAUGAGGGGCUACAGCAUCGCUACCACUAUUGGGUCUCCACUCAUAAAGAACCUCAGUGUGGCAAUCCUUCAGCUGAGUGAGGCUGGAGAGCUGGCUUAUCUGCAAAGCAAGUGGUGGGCCAGCAGCUGCACGGCAGACAGGGCCAAGUCUUCGGCUGUGCAGCUGCACGACCUCAGAGGGAUGUUCCUGGUUCUUUCCCUGGGUGUAGGGCUGGGAGCGCUGCUGGCUGUUCUGGAGCUCGCCUCCAAGAGUCGCAGAACUGCAGACGUGCAAAGGAAAUCCUGCUGCACUGUGCUGACUGAAGAACUGAGUCUGCGCUUGAGGGCCACCGGUGCGAGCACAUCCUCCCAGGAAAACACUGACAUAAAUAAAGAAAAGGCAUAGAAGUGAUGUAGGAACUAGGAUCACUUUGUAAUAUCUGACAGAAACAUUAACAUAGUACUUUUUUUUUUUUUGAACGUUCUAACUUUUACACCAUAAGAUAAAAAAAAACCUCACACUUCGAUAAAAUAAUUAGUUUAUUGAUCAACACUUGACUUUAUCAAAUACAUACUACAGUUUGAAAAAAGCAAACGUUAUAGUGAAGAAAAUUGAGAAAAUUCUGAUUAACAAAAAGCAA